CGGGCCCGUGUCUGCGACUGAUAGCGGCACAAACUAUAAAAGAUGCCUGAAGGACGCGUGACAAACAAAUCUCUUGCACAAUGGUCGGCAGGACCCUGUUACUGUCGCUGGCCUUCGCGGCCUUGGCCCAAGCGAGGAUGCUUCCAAAAGCAGACUGCACGUGGUCGACCAACACUGACCUGCCCUCCGUGCAGCCUCUGUACAUCAAGCCAGGUGCUGGACUUGACAUCAACUCUUUUUGGCUGCCGCAGAACGGUGACAUCGUGACCGUCCCUGAGGCCGGAGAGGUUUUGUUUGCGUGUCCUGGUAGCACUCUUGCUGGUGUUGGUGGCUCCGAGGCUCUUCUGACCUGUGUUGGGGGUAAAACGUUUGCGGACAGCAAUAAUAAUCAGUACUCCUUCUCCUCACUGUCCUGCUCGUCCUGGCCGGCACAUACUGCGGUUCGACGCAAUGGCGAGCAGUGCCAAAUCAGCCUGCCGCACAGCUUGGUUGAAAUCGGCUUUGAACUUUCGUCCGGCUUCUUCCAUCUGAUUACCGUCUGUUUUGACGAGGUCACCUACAACACCUAUCAGUCCUUCUUCACGCAGACGGCCGACAUCGACGGCUACCAGUCUGGUCUCAACCGUCCCAGCUUCACCGAGGGCGUCGGAUUUUACCCCGAUUGGCUCGAUGUUGACUACCAGUACUCGCGUGUAGGUCAAAAAGAGGCCAUUUCCCAGGCCCUAGGUUCAGCCGCUCUUGCCGACCAGUACAUACCUGACACAGGAAACUACUUCCUGUCGCGAGGCCACUUGGCAGCAAAUGCCGACUUCGUCUACGGCGCCUUCCAGCGCUCGACUUUCUACUUCCUGAACGUGGCGCCCCAGUGGCAGACGUUCAACGGCGCCAACUGGGCGCAGAUCGAGGACAGUGCAAGGGACUUCGCGGCACUGCAGGGUAAUGACCUGGUCGUCUACACCGGCACCCACGGCGUCACUACUCUGCCUGAUGUUAAUGGAAAUCCGGCUGAGAUCUUCGUCGGCUAUGAUCUGAACACUGGCGCCGGCAUCCUCAGGGUGCCCCAUUUCUUCUGGAAGAUCGUUUACGAGCCGGCCACACAAAAGGGAGUGGCAUUUGUUGGACUGAACAACCCGUACAUCGACAGUCCUGGAACCGACUUCUACAUGUGUCCAGAUGUGUGCGACCAGAUCAGCUGGGAGAACUGGAGCCCGACCGUUCAACAGAGUGGCUACGGCUACUGCUGCGACGUGAACACCAUCAAGGGCCUCGUCCCUGAAAUGCCCGAUAUCGUUGUCACUGGUCUUCUCGCAUAGAAAAAAUCUGAAUAUUUCAACUUGGACUUAUCUGGUGCAUAUUGACUGAUAGCCAUUUUGCCAUCAACAGACAUUUUUUUAAAUGCAAUGAAAAUAAAUGAACAAAUUUUGAGAGUCAAUAUAUCUGAAUAAUGUCUGUUGCACACACACGUCUUAAUAUAAAUUUAUCUGAAAUCUGAAAUAAAGAAAUUUUUAAUCGA